GUUUUUUGUUUCAUGGAUCAACACGUCUUACACGGCCCAUGGAUGACAAUCAUUACUAUGAACGCACAUAAGGGAUGAAUACAGCCUUAAAUCCUCCCUUUCAGUCUUGCACAGGUGUACCGGCUCCUCCCCAUCCAGUCUUGCACAGGUGUACCGGCUCCUCCCCUUCAGUCUUGCACAGGUGUACCGACUCCUCCCCUUCAGUCUCUUGCACAGGUGUACCAGCUCCUCCCCUCCAGUCUUGCACAGGUGUACCGGCUCCUCCCCUUCAGUCUUGCACAGGUGUACCGGCUCCUCCUCUUCAGUCUUGCACAGGUGUAUCGGCUUCCUCCCCUUCAGUCUUGCACAGGUGUACCGGCUCCUCCCCUUCAGUCUUGCACAGGUGUAGCAGCUCCUCCCCUUCAGUCUUGCACAGGUGUACUUGCUCCUCCCCUUCAGCCUUGCACAGGUGUAGCAGCUCCUCCCCUUCAGUCUUGCACAGGUGUACUUGCUCCUCCCCUUCAGUCUUGCACAGGUGUACCGGCUCCUCCCCUUCAGUCUUGCACAGGUCUUGGUGUACCGGCCCCUCCCCUCCAGUCUUGCACAGGUGUACCGGCUCCUCCCCUUCAGUCUUGCACAGGUGUACCGGCCCCUCCCCUCCAGUCUUGCACAGGUGUACCGGCUCCUCUCCU